CCAAAUAAUUUUUUGUGGACUUUUUGCUACUUCUUUCCGCGUUGUUUCUCUGACUACAACAACACUGCUUAUUCUUCUUCCUCCAUUCCUUCAUUUCUUUCAGGCGAUACUAUAUUAUUAUUUGUUUAGUCUCUUCUUUUUGCUGCAAUUGUUUAUUAUUUUCUAUUUUACACGCUUCUUUCACCAUAUCUUAAUUUAAAUGCUACCCUUUUGUUUAUUUUGAUUAAUCCCCACACAAAAUUAUCUCUCAGUUUUUUUUAUCCAUUAAAGUUUUCAUUUUUCAUUGAAAACCACACAAUUGUGUGAUACUGUUUAAAUUCUACAUUUUUAGGUGACUUUGAGUUUAGGUUACUUACUUAGCUUAGAUCAAUUUUGUUUCUAAUUCUGUUUGAAACUGUUUCUGUUAUUGUCACAAUUCUUAGAUCAAUUUUUGUUUCUAAUUCUGUUUUAUGGUUAUUGAGGAAUGACAAAUUUUCUAUGAAUUUGGAUUUGUAGUAAGGGAAUUUUCUGUGUAAUGAUGGAUUAUAGACCCUUUAGGUUAAGAUUUCUAAAUAUGUAUAUUUUAAGGUGAUUAAAUCUUAGGUUCACUUUGUCAAAAAAAAUCUUAGAUUCACUUUGUCAAUACAAAAAAAAAUAAAAAUUAGGGGCACUUAACAUAGAUCAUAAGUUGGAUCACUCAGUGUUGUCAAAUAGCGACUAUAGCAGUAUCGAUGCUAUAGCACGACAGUGUAGCGAAAUUUUAGCAAACCGCUAUUAUUCGACAGUAUACUAUUUAGUACCGAGUAUUGUCAGUUAACUGCUAUAGCAUAUGACAGUGUAGCGAAAUUUGAACAAACCGCUAUUUUUCGCUAUCUGCUAUUGACAACACUGGUAUUAGUGAUGCCAAGUUUCUCUUUUUUAUGUCAAUGUUUUUCCCCUGAUGGAACUAGAAAGAAAAACAACCCUUCACUAACAAGGGAUUUUGAGGAGAAUGGUAGCAAUUUGGUGGCAAUGAGUUCUAAGAAGAAAAUCAGCAGCAAUGAUCAAAGUGUGUUUGUUGGCUCCAAGGUUACGAGCACAUGUAAUGAAUCAGUUCCUGUGGAUGUGAUUUCUAAGUUACCAAAUAGUCAUGGUGGUCAAUCAAUGUUGAUUGAUUCCGAGGUGCAGAAUAGCCGAUGCAAUAUUAGUGAGAGUGAGAUAUUCAAGUAUUCUGAACUUGAAGAAGCCACCAAUAAAUUUGACACUAGUAGAAUACUUGGGAGUGGCGGCUACGGAACAGUUUACUCUGGAACACUUAAAGAUGGGCGUCUUGUUGCAAUAAAGCGCUUGCAUGAAGACAAGUUCAAGAUCUUACGGUUACAUGAUAAGAAGCUUGAAGAGGAGACACUAAGAAAGUUCAUCAAUGAAGUUUCAAUGUUAACUCGCAUGAGGCAUGAAAAUCUUGUCCAACUGUACGGCUGCACCUCUCCUCAAACUCGUGAACUACUUCUCGUGCAAGAAUAUGUUCCCAAUGGAACCUUGGCUCGUCGUCUUCGUAAAGACAUCUUGCCAUGGCGAACUCGACUAAAUGUUUCCGUACAAACUGCAAGUGCAUUGACUUAUCUUCAUGCUUCCAAUGUUAUCCACCGUGAUGUGAAAACGAGUAAUGUUCUACUUGACAGAAGUUUGAAUGCUAAAGUUGCAGACUUUGGAUUGUCGCGCCUUGUCCCGCAUGGUGCUACACACAUCACAACCGAUCCUGCGGGAACUCCCGGUUAUAUUGAUCCGGAGUAUUACGAACAUUGUCAUCUUUCGGAUAAAAGUGAUGUGUACAGCUUCGGAGUGAUAUUGGUCGAGUUGAUUUCAUCUUUGCCCGCAUAUAGCGAGGAUGAAAAACAACCUUUUCUUUCGGAUUUUGCUAUGGAUAAAAUAUUCAAUGGAGAACUCGAAAAGCUUGUCGACCCGAAUCUUGGACUUGAAUCAGACAAUUGGAUAAGUGAAACAGUAAGUGCAGUGGCAGAGUUGGCAUUUGGCUGUUUACAACCUCAAAGAAACAUGAGACCUUCGAUGAGUGAAGUGUUGAACACUCUUGAGAGCAUAAAAAGUGGAAGUUCUCAAAAAGCUCUUAAAUGGGGUUCAAAUCAUUGUUAUAAUGCUACCAAAGUUCAUAUUGUGUCACGUUUGCCUGAUGAUUAUUUUGAGAAGAAAUAGCAUAAAAGUGAAAUACUAUCUGCUAAUGUAUACUGAUUUCAACAUUUAUAUUAUACAUAUACUAAUCAUUUAUGUAUGUGUUCAA